AGCAGUGUGUGUGUGUGUGUUUCGACACAGUCCAACUCCAAGGGAGAGCGAAGCGAGGAUCCGAAACAGCACAACAGCGGUAAAAGCAGACUUAACACAGGAUAACAAUGCUAAAGUGAAGAUCUACAACUUUCUCCCUCUUGGAAACUACAGUCUAGCGGACAUGUUGUGCAUGGGAACAGGUGUUCUGUGCUUGUGAAACUCCUCAACCAGAGAGAGAGAGACAGAGAGAGAAAAGAGCGAGAGACAAGAGUGGCACGCUGAGUGAGAAAGAGAGAGAAAAGAAAAGAGGCAAUGGCUGUGCAGGCCGCCAUCAUGAACUCGCCGUUCCUGAAUUUCUGCUUCCCGGGCUCCGUGAUGGACUUCGGCAUGGAGAAAGGGGGUCUGAGCCUGGAUGUCGAAGGAGGAGGAGUUGGGAUGGGAAUGGGAAUGGGAAUGGGAAUGGGAGUAGGGGGUCUCCUUUGCCCCGAGUCCCCCGACCAGGACCCUGACGACGGGGGAGGUUUCCGGGAGGCCACACGGGACCUGCUGAGCUUCAUCGACUCGGCCUCCAGCAACAUCAAGCUGGCCCUGGACAAGCCAGGCAAGUCCAAGCGCAAGGUGAACCACCGCAAGUACCUGCAGAAGCAGAUCAAGAGGUGCACGGGGAUGAUCGGGUCUCCCAGCAGCCCUACCAGUGCUACGCCGCAGCAGACACAAGGACAAGGGCAGGGGCAGGGGCAGGGAAGCCCGACUUCCACACAGGCCCCUGUCACCAACCCCCAGACGCCAGACCUGGCUCUGGUCAAGAGACAAGGCUCACCCAUGUCUCUGCUGCACCAGCAGACCACUCCACCACACCACAACCACCAACAGCAGCACCACCAUCUCCAACAGGCUCAGCAACAACAACAGGCACAGCAACACCAGCCCGGAUCUUUCCCUGGAGGCAAGCUGCCACCCAAGCGGGAAGGGGCGCAGGCCAGCACCAACAGCAACCUCCAGAGUAAAAGCCUGGCCGCACUCUUCAACUCUGCAGCCAAGGACAGCCGCGGGGAGCGGGCCAAGAAGCCCCCCCUGCGCCAUCGCAACCUGCCCCCUUCCUUCUUCACCGAGCCGGCGGCCAACUUCCCGCGUAUUGGAGUCGGAAUCGGGUCCCUUACCUCCACCUCGGGCAUGACGCUCAAGGACUUGGAGCGCUGUGGGGGGAACCCGGAGGCGUCCGAGUUUUUUGAGCUGCUGGGGCCGGACUACAGCAACAUGCUCCUGGACCAGGAGUUCUUCCAGAGCGGGCCGAGCCCCGGAUCACUUGGUGGUGGUGGUGGUCGAGUCCAUCAGGACCUUUCAGGGUCGAUGCCACUACCAGGGUCAGGGGCAGUAGGAAUAACAUCGGGGCCUGGGUUGGAUCAGGUGUCAGUUCCCAUGCCGUAUGACUCGUCGUCGCAUUACAUUACAGGUGGGUUUGUGUACUCUGAGCCUUGGACUGUUUGCGGAGAAGCCUCUAAAAAGGACGGAGGGGAGGUGGUGGGGAUGAGGACUGGAGGUUCUGGAGACCCAGCUGCACUGGUGCCAGUGGUGUACAACUCCACAGACCCUUCCUCCCCUGUGGGUUUGGAGGAUGGAUCCACGUGUGGUCUGACCUUCCCAGCCUUCUUCACGGACUGCUCCACUCCUCAGGUCCCUUAUGACGGGGGCCUGACUGUCGGAGGCUACACAAGGGGAAGCUAUUCUUCCUUAUAACACAAUACAACACAACACAAGCCAUGCAAUGGAGUGGGCGAUGGAAUGUAGUGCAGUUA